AUGUGUCCGACUUUCUUCAGUACUUCGACUCUCAACCGAAAGUUCGAGGAGAUGCAAGGUGAGAUGGCUAAGGGUAAUGUUGACAUUAUGAGGGAUGCGAGAUAUUUCUUCACAAGUGGACAUAUGUUCUUGCAUGAGAUGAUGCAUACCGAUCUAAUUGGUCAACCACAUAUCAUUGAUGAAUAUAUUGACCCUGAUAUAAUGUCAUACCAAGCAUAUGGUCCGAAGCGAGUUCAUCAAUUAGCUAUUCGAGAUCUGCAACAAGGAGGAGGUGCUACGAGGGCUAGUACUAAUGCUGACGGUUACGCUUGGCUUGCGAGUUCACUGUACUGGUGGGAUACUACGAAGUACUUCCCAGGAGUUCCUAACAAGCCUGGCCCAUUAGUAGCAGAGACAGGACCAGUAAUUCUGCACCUUGGAGACUUUGACGACUUUAAUACAGCUUCUUCUGACGACAGCUUCCAAAAAGCUCUAGGAGGUCUCUUUGGUUCGGUUCCCGUUAGAUCAGGAACAGAUCUCAAUUCAAACUUCCCCAGGUACUGGAUCCUCGACGACAACUCUAAGCAAGACAUCAAGAACAUCUACUAUCGACUUCGUGACAAGGCCUGCCAAAACAUCUGCGAUAUCUCAACCAUCCAGAACGUCCCCUCUCAGUUCGUUCGUGCUACCAGAGUCGGGUCCACUGGUUGCGAAUACGCCAUCAAAAUCUCCAACACCAAAGAGCUAUACUUAUAUACUACUCAAGACGGACAAAAUUGUUACAGCGCAACCCAAAUGAUGAUCGACAACUACGGUGCUACCAAAGACUCUAGCUGGAUCAAUAGGCCCUUGGUCAGCGACCUCUACCAAAUCGGCAUCCGCGAUAUCAACACCAAGGGUCCUGGUGGCGUAUCCCACGAUGAAUUCCCAGCUGACAACCAACAUCUCGGCUUCAUGCACCUCGCUUGCCGUCGCUCCGACGGCGUGGCUAAAUGGGCCUAUGAUUUCAAUCUAAAGAUCUCAGGCUGGGAUGAUGGUAAUUGGGGAAAGAGUAUCAAGAGCGAAGCUGAUAGGUGUGAUAGAGUGCUUGGUACCGAUCAUUGGAAGUAUGAGGAGGAGAAGGAUUAUAAAUUUAGUGAUGGGAGCGCGGCGGAUCAUUGGCGAGUUGGACAUUAG